AUGUAUCUCAAGGCAUAUAGUGAGUUCAUUGAACCACUACCAGCAUUGGCUGAUUUAGUGAUUGAUACCAGCUCUGGGAUUGUCCAACCUCCACUUUUUAAGAGAAGACCUGGUAGAUCUCGAAAAAGUAAGAAAAUAAAACUCGAUGAGGGUCCUGCCAAGAAUAAAUCUUCAAGUGUAAGACGUGAUAUCUGCAACAUACUUGGCCACAAUAGGAGAACAUGUCCUCGCGGUGACGAACAACCAAAGAAAAAGAACAGAAAAGGAAAGAAGAAAAAGCAAGGGGAUGAGAUUCAGCAUGAAGGUAGUAGCUCCCAAGUAUUAACAAGAUGUGCAAGCUCAUCGGAUUCUUCUACCAAUGGCUGGACAAGAGUUAUAGUGGAAAAACCCUUUGGGAGGGAUUCUGAAUCCUCUGUUGCUUUGACCAGUGGAUUGAGGGAAUACUUAGAGGAAGACCAAACUUUUAGGAUUGACCACUAUUUCGGAAAGGAACUAAUGGGGAACUUAUCUGUACUCCGCUUCUCCAAUUUCAUCUUUGAACCUCUAUGGUCAAGGCAAUACGCAAGAAAUGCACAUUCAUUUUUCUUUGAAGAUUUUGGCACUGAAGGACGAGAAGGGUAUUUUGACCAUUACGGUAUUAUAAGGGACAUUAUGCAGAACCAUCUGACUCAAAUACUAUCUUUUGCCAUGGAAACUCCUGUCAGCUUAGAUGCAGAAGGCAUUAGGAAUGAAAAGGUUAAAGUUCUUCCCUCAAUGAAGCCUUUGCUACUCGACAAUGUGUUGAUAGGGCAGUAUAAGAGCCAUACCAAAGGAGGUAUCAAAUACCCAGCCUACACAGAUGAUAAAACAGUUCCUAAAGACAGUCUUACUCCAACAUUUGCAGCAGUUGCACUUUUUAUUGCUAAUGCAAAAUGGGAUGGUGCAUUUCUACUGAAAGUUGGGAAGGCAUUACAUAUUAGGAGAUUAUUUUCUCCUUCCUUUUUGGGAAUGGAACAUCAUCCAGAGAAGGAUGAACAAGAUGAUCAGUCUCAGGUUGUGGAAUCUGCAGAGAGCAAAGAUAAAGAGGUUUUUCUUGAUGGAAUGAGGGUUUUGGCUGUAGAUGAUAAUAUUAAAGAAGAGUUUCGCAAGGAAGGUUCGCCGCCUUCUGAGGAAGAAGAACAGGAGAAGGAGACGAUGGAAGAGGAGGAAGAGAAAGAUGGAUCUCACAUAGCUAACUCGGAGCUUGGUGCCUCUGGUGGUUUUACAGGAACGUUUGAACUUUCCACGGUGAUGCUUCGGGCAACUAGCCGGAGAAAGGGUCGUGGUUGUGGGAGUAGCAACCAGAGCGGCGACAGGUGA